UGGAUGACUUCACUGAUCUUCUCCAGCAGAUUCUGAAUUUCUCCUUCAGUUCAUAGUGUGUAUGAGGUGGGACAGCGGGGGAUCCUGGGACACCUGCAGGAUGAAGACGGUGUCCAAAAAUCUCCUUAUUUGUGUGACUCUGCUCUGUGGACCUUUGAUCUGCUGCUAUGCACAAAAGGUCUUUGGAGUCAGUCCUUCCAUAGGAAGCAAAGGUGGGGCCACAAGGCUGACCAUUUCAGGAGAAGGUUUUGCUCAGGGAUCCCAGUUUCAGCUGAACCCGGCCAACAGUGACUUUGGGAACCAUGUGACUCUGGUUUCAAACACAAUGUCAUUUGUGUGUGACGUCGAGAGAGACUCCACACAUGGAGACCAGAUCCAGUGUUACACCAGAGCUAUGCCUUAUGGAGGAUAUUAUGUCAAAGUCACAGUGGACGGUGUUCCCAUUCCUGACAGUAACCUCUGUGGGGGCAAAUGGUGGAGCUCCGCUUGUGUUUACCUUGUUCGAUGGUCUCGCACUCCACUUAUAAGAUCAUUGGAUGAAAUCAGUGGUUUGCCAGGGACUUUGUUGACCAUCAGAGGAAUGAUCUUUACUGACGCUUUUGGAAGCAGCAAUCGCACAAACACCAAUACUAAUAUCGACAGCAGAAUUCUCAGAGCCUACAUUGGAGGAAUGCCUUGUGAGCUGCUUAAACCAAAUUCAGAUGAGCUGUAUCGUUUGGAGCUGGACAGUGAAACGGCGACCUACGGCCACAUGAGCUGUAAAAUGACAGGAUCCUACAUUGGACACCAUAACCUGAGCUUUAUUUUGGAUGGUGAAUAUGGAAGGAGUGUCCCUGAAUCAUACUUGUACCGAGCUUCUGCUUCAAAUAAAUUGGCGAUGUUUCAGACUUUUGCCGAGGUGACCGGAGUCUCACCGUCCCAGGGCAGCGUCAAGGGAGGCACCACUCUCACCAUCCACGGACGCCAUCUUGGGGACCAGACCGACUAUCCUGUGCGGGUUGUAGUUGGAGGUCUGCCUUGUGAAGUCCUGAAUGUUGAAGAUGACAAGAUCUUGUGCAAAACAUCCGAGUGGCAGCCAAAUGAACUGGGAGAGGCUGGAGUUGGUGGCCGAGGUCUGAAGAUGCAGAUUUGGAAUGACACUAGACCAGACUCCCUUGACCAUAUCUGGACGUUCAAUGAGAACACCACAGGAUACUGGACCAAGUGGGUGGACUCCACACCUUUUCUUUUCCCCAUUGAGUUCGACCGUUUCACCACCAGGACCUCGGGGUUCCUGGUUCCUCCCUCCACUGGGAAGUACAUCCUCCACCUUCAGUGUGAUGACCGCUGUGACCUGUACCUGAGCAACUCCAGUCUACCAGAGCACAAGGAGAAAAUUGCUUUCCAGACGAGUUAUACAACUGCUUUUAAAAGAGAUUCACAACAAUCCAAAGAUCUGUUUCUGGAGGAGGGGAAACCGUACUACAUAGAAUUCCUCCAACAAGAAUACGGGGGUGCUGCAUCUCUCACCCUGGCCAUGUUCACAGAGAAGAGCUCGUACACAGAGGCCCAGACGUCCAACGCUAAAAAUGAAAUUCAAACUCUUAUCGCUGAAUAUGAGGUUCAUGAUGAGACUCAGGUGGUCACUUUUGAGUCGUGGACAAGUAAAACUGCUGUUAAAGAGGUCCAGAAGGUCACUAUUGUCAGUGGUGGCCCCUACUCCUUCAGCCUGGGUUAUGGGGCUGCACUAACUGCUCCUAUGAGCGUGAGUGCAUCUGCGUCUUUGGUGAAGGCGUCUCUGAACGAUCUUUGGUCAAUCAAACCUGAUACAGUGUCUGUGUCUAAAAGUAAAGAUAGUGAUGGCACCCACUUUACCAUAACUUUCAACUCAGUCAGAGGUGAUUUUGCUCCUCUGACCUAUAAUAACUUCGGAUCUGACGUCAACAUUAGGGUUGUGGAAGUCACUAAAGGAGAGAGCAACAUGGAGUCCUUCACACUCACAUGGGGGGAUGUACCCACCAAACCCAUCACGUACAACGCAACUGAGGAAGAGGUGAAGUCUGCACUGGAGGAGUUGUUAUCAGCCAAGUGUCCGGGUGAAAUUGAGACUUUUGAGGGAACCAACGUGAAAUAUUUUAAAGACUUUGAAGAUGACGACAACUCCCAGUUUGAUGGCACACCUGUGAAAAAUGUAGCGUUUUGUGGUUUAUGGUCAAUGAUGAACUCCAAGAUUAUUUUCAAAGACACCUACACUAAAGAGUCUGGUGGAAAAUAUGGACCUAUACCACUCGACACAUUUCCCUCGCUGUGUUUUGCUUACAAGGGGAUUUUGAAUGAUGAAAUUACCUUAUCUUUCACAUAUCGCAACUCUGCGGGCAAAACUAUUUCAGAAACGACCAGCAUCCCUGUAGUUUUCAAUAAGGGACCCAAUUGGAGUUACAAAUGCAUUGACCUGCUCAGCUCUUUGCAAGGAAAAUUUGUUGGAAGUCUGUAUAAAAUGGUCAAACUUAGUGUCGACUCUACAGAUACCUUCUAUAUCGAUGCUGUUCACGUUGGACGAUCCCCCACUACAUAUGAAGAAAAUGCUGUACCAUUGAAGAGGAGACCGCCACCCUUUGAGAGUUCUGGGAGUUACAUUGAUUCGUUUUCCAUAACCAAAGAAAAUUCAAGUUUGUCUUACCAGAUCAUGGCCACACCUGUAGACUGCGCUUUUGGCUUUCCCAUGAUAGAAGUGGGGUUCAUACAGAAGACAAAGAGUGAAGAGGACAUGGGAACAUUCAGCGAUGGAACAGCUAAAGUCACAGUGACUCGCCCACACAAAGCCACACCCCCUCUGAACGGGACCUUUGAUGUGGAGAUGUACGGCGGCCGUGUGGAAGGUCUCUCUAUUGAUAUAAAUGAGGAGGAUUUGAAGUACGCGCUUGAAGGCAUCUCUGAGAUUGGAGAACUGAAGGUCGAAUACAAAGGGACCUGCCGCAAGCCCAAAUGGAAAAUCGAGUUUCUCUCCAAACCUGGGGACCAGCCAGAGAUACAAGUCGACAGCUCAAACAUUAUUGGCCCAAACGUAAAUUUCUUUUCAAAGGAGAGUAGCCAAGGAGGGAUGCUGCACACGAGAGUAAUUGGAGAUCAUUUCCGUGUGAAGGAGUCCAAGCCACAGGUCCAGGUUUACAUCAAUAACAUCCCGUCCUGGUGCUCUGGAGACUGUGGAUUUGAAUGGUCCCCAGAGAAGACCCCCGUCCUAACUGCAGUCACCCCAUCAGAAGAAUCCGAGGAUCUUCAGACCGUCGUGACGAUUUCUGGAACUGGAUUUCCCCAGAAUGAAAACGCUACAGUCAUGAUCGGGAAUGUCAAAUGUGAUGUUACAGCUGUCACGGAAAACCUUCAGACAUGCAGUCCUGGACCAUCUGUGGCCGGUACUUUCCCAGUGACAGUCACCUUCCCCUCCCUCGGAAACGCACAAUACGCAGACAACAAUGUUCUCUACUUCACCUACAAACUCAUCGUCUCAUCCUUCUCCCCAAUGUCUGGAAGUCUGGCUGGGGGAACGCUGUUGACAAUCACAGGCUCUGGGUUUGACGUGAAUGCCACUGUUACUGUUGGGGGCAGUUCUUGUGUGGUCGAAGAUGCCACUGAAACUGAGCUGAAAUGCAAAACACCCCCAGGAGUUUCUGGUUCUGCAGCGGUGACUGUGAGUGUGGGGAGCUUGAAUACAACUGCAUCUGCCUUUUUUAUGUACGAUACGAAUCUGACAGCGCUAAUCUCAAACAUCAGCCCAAAAAGCACCCCUGUCAGCGAACCAGGACUUCUUAUCAUUAAUGGAUCGAAUCUGGGAGUGGAUGACGAAGGCAGUGUAGUGACAGUCGGUGGAAAGGCUUGUAAUAUGAUCAAAUGGACACAGACAAAUAUCCAGUGCAGCCUCCCUCUGCUCCCGCCAGGGCUGCACCAAAUCGACAUACAGAUUGAGAAAAAUGGGAAAGCACAUUUAAGCAAUGGUGUGAAUGCCAGUAUUGAGUACGUCCUGGAGGUCCACAGUGUCUCUCCGCUGGUGGGCUCUUUGAUGGGAGGAACUGAACUCGUCAUCACUGGAUCUGGAUUCAACAAAAACAACACUGAAGUUUCAAUUGGUGGAGUCGAGUGUGAAGUGAUGAACGCCACACCGACAAGAUUGGAGUGUGUUUUACAAUCGAGCCAAAAUACUGUCACCGUGACCAACCAAGGCAUCCACCAAGAGUUCGGACAGGGCUACGCUUGGGAACCUGCCUCCGUGACCAUCCAUGCAGGAGAUAAGGUACUUUGGCGCUGGACCACUCCGACCUUCCUCCGGCUCAAAUACAGAGUGUUCAGUGUCUCCGCCCCGAGCAAGAACCAGGAUGAAGGAGGCCCAUUCAACAGCGGCCCUGCUACAGCCAAUGGCCAGUUCUCCUAUAUUUUCUCUCGUCCUGGUGUCUAUUACUACAGCAGUGGUUUGGUGGACCCCGCAAACUCCAGGUUUCUGCAGGGAGUCGUGAAGGUCCUCCCUCGAACAGAAAAGAACAGCAAAGUGAUCGUCAAAGCAUCUGGAUUCGAAGCUAUACAUGUGCCCACUGCUUCCUCUCGCUCUCGCAGAUCGUCCCAGGACUGUGUAGCCUCCCCUCUGUGCAAUCCGUCAAACCAGUCAUCUUCUGGGGUCUCCUUCACCUCCUCCCCCUGCUCCACUCCCACAGUGGAGUCCAUCUCCCCAAACCAGGGCACCUACCACCAGGUCAUCCACGUCAUGGGGAACAACUUCGGAAACGUCACCUGUGCUAUCAAGGUCACUAUUGGAGACGAGCCUUGUCAUGUGAUCAACAGCUCAAACACGAACAUCUACUGCCAGCUCGGGGCAGACAGCGGGCUCCCCGUUGGCAUCGCCCACCCCCUCGCCCUCCACAUCGACAACCUGGGCGCCGCUGUCGUCACAGUGAUGAACGAAAUGCAACGCCGCUUUGUCCUCCUUCCCGUCAUUGAUACGGUCUGGCCCCACAUUGGAAGCACCAACGGAUUCACUCGCCUUGUGGUCCACGGAUCGGGAUUUUCAGAUGGAUCCGUGAAGGCAGCGAGUAGAAGUUGUAGUAUUAUAUCAUUGAAUUACAGCCAUAUUACCUGUGAUACCUACUCAUCUGGAAUCAACAUUGGAGAAGUUGUUUACCAAAUCGGACAAAUUAGCAGUACUUGUCAUUCAAACUGCUCUUUUGAGUAUUCUAGCACGAUCACUCCUGUUGUCAACAAACUUUCGACUUAUAGCAUUAGCGCAAAUAGCACUGUUGAGAUAUUAGGGGUUGGAUUUGGUAACAAAAGUGAAGAUGUGUUUGUAACCGUUGGUGAUCAAGAAGCAAUAAUUCUUGCUGUGGCAGAUGAUAACAUUACAAUAACAGUUCCUCCAUUACCAGCAGCAAGAUAUAAAGUAAAAGUUAUCAUAAGAAGUAAAGGUCUAGCGCAUAGGCAGUUCACAGUAACAAGUGAAGCUAAGGCAGAGCUGUCUCCACUGGUGGGAAGUGUGGAAGGAGGGACUCUACUGGUUUUCACUGGGAACGGUUUCGCACCUGAGAAUACUAAUGUGACUAUAGGAGGCAAGGAAUGUAUAAUUCAAAGUGCGAUGCCAAGUGAGCUGAGAUGUCUGUCACCGCCGAACAGCGAGGGGGCUGCAGAAGUUGAAAUCCUGGUGUUUUCUGAGGCGUAUCCAGCACUGACUUUCAACUAUUCUUCAGAGUACACUCCAGUCAUCAACUCUAUCAACCCCGCCACUGGCCCCAGUGGGACCAUCAUCACAAUGACUGGCUCAGGAUUUGGCUCUGAUCAGCAGCUGGUCUCUGUUAGUUUAAAUGACGUUGCCUGCUCCGUCUCCUUUGUCUCCGAGUCUACGGUUAAGUGCUCUGUAGGGAACAACCCAGGAGGACCAUAUCCCAUCAUGCUUCAGCAAAAGGUCAAAGGUUACGCCAAGUCUGAGGUCACUUUCAACUACGAACUGACUCUGAACACUGUCCAGCCUAACGAAGGUAGUUUUGGUGGUGGUGCCCUGCUUGCCGUGAAGGGUUCAGGAUUUGACCCCCAAACUGCCAAAGUCCAGAUCUGCGACAGAGAGUGUGAAGUGGACAGAGCAUCUUCAACUUCCUCCCAGCUCUCCUGCUACGCUCCGUAUAAUAAUGCCACCGGGUCAGAGGUCAGUUGUGUUGUAUCUGUCUCUAACCCGACCCAGACCGUGGAUCUCUCUAACGGUUACACGUACAAGUCUGCACUGACCCCCCUCAUCUCUGACAUCUCCCCCCGACGAGGAGGAACAGCCGGAGGGGUCCUCCUCACCAUCACCGGCUCUGGUUUUAGUUCGAAUGUGAACGAUGUGAAUGUGACAAUCGCUGGAGUAGUGUGUGAUAUUCAGUCCUGUAACUCCACGCACAUCCUCUGUGUCACCAACGCUCAGCCACAGUCACAGAAAUCCAAGGUCCACGUCAGCAUCAAAGACCAAGGAAUGGCACCACUGGAUAAAGCAGACUUUUUCUACAUCGAUGUGUGGUCAUCCCGGUUCACGUGGGGGGGACUGUCUCCUCCAGAGAAGGGCACUUUUGCUGUUAUCACCAAAAACCAGACCAUCCUCCUGGACACCAGUACACCUGUGCUCAAGAUGCUGCUCAUUCAAGGAGGGACUCUGGUGUUUGAUGAAGCAGAUAUUGAGCUUCAGGCGGAGAACAUCCUGAUCACAGACGGAGGAGCCCUUCAGAUCGGCACAGAGGAGCAGCCCUUUCAGCACAAAGCCACCAUCACUCUCCAUGGCAACCUGAGGUCCCCUGAAAUCCCAGUGUACGGCGCCAAAACGCUGGGGGUCCGGGAGGGGACUCUGGACAUGCACGGUAUUCCCGUUCCUGUCCCCUGGACCCGUUUGGCUGAGACCGCCAACAGUGGCUCCACUGAGCUGAAGCUGAUGGAUGCUGUGACCUGGAAAAAAGAUGACGAGAUUGUCAUCGCCACCACUGGACAUCGGCACAGCCAGAAUGAGAAUGAGGUGCGGAUCAUCGCCUCUGUGUCUGAGGACGGUCGAACUUUGACUCUGACUCAGCCCCUGGACUACACCCACAUCGGGGUCCAGGUCACACUCCCCGACGGGACCACAUUUGAGGGGCGCGCCGAGGUGGGACUGCUCACACGAAAUAUCAGAGUGAGAGGAUCCGAGAAAAUGGAGUGGGCAGACAAGAUCGAAGCUUGUCCCGAUGGUUUCAAUACAGGUGAAUUUUCCACACAGACUUGUUUCCAGGGCCGUUUUGGUGAAGAGACGGGCAGUGAUCAGUUUGGGGCCUGUAUAAUGAUGCACGCUCCUGAACCAAACAAGAAUCUGGCCAUAGGCAGAUUUGAAUAUGUUGAGAUCUCGCAUGCAGGACAGGCCUUCAGGCUGGGCAGGUACCCCAUCCACUGGCAUCUGAUGGGGAACAUAAAUUAUAAGUCUUACGUGAGGGGCUGUGCUAUCCACCACACCUUUAACCGAGCAGUGACCAUCCACAACACUCACCGCUUACUGGUAGAACACAAUGUAGUCUACGACGUCAUGGGAGGAGCCCUGUUCAUCGAAGACGGCAUCGAAACGGAAAAUGUUUUGCAGUAUAAUUUAGCUGUGUUUGUGAGGCAGAGUACGAGUCUUUUGAACGAUGACGUCACCCCCGCUGCUUACUGGGUCACCAAUCCAAAUAAUAUAAUACGCCACAACACAGCGGCUGGAGGUACUCAUUUUGGGUUCUGGUACCGAAUGCACGAACACCCAGAUGGACCCUCCUACGACCCAGAUAUCUGUCAAAAGAAAGUUCCUCUUGGUGUAUUUGAGAACAAUACAGCUCACUCACAAGGCUGGUUUGGUCUGUGGAUCUUCCAGGACUACUUCCCAAUGAAAGACGGAAACUGCGGGUCAAAACAACCAGAACCUGCAAUCUUCAACUCUCUCAUCGCCUGGAAUUGCGAAAAAGGGGCAGAGUGGGUUAAUGUAGGCGCUAUACAUUUCAAUGGGUUUAUCAUGGUCAACAAUGAGAAAGCUGGAACAGAGCACAAGCGCAUCCUGCCAUUCGCUGUUAAUUCAUUCACUCCAGAAGGGGGCGCUGUGGUGUCUAACAGCACCAUGGUAGGACAUGUAGAUGAACUGGGCCUGGGACAAAAAUACUGCACAGGCAGAGGGAUCAUUGCCCCUCUAGAUGAUGGACUGAGUGUUAUCAAUACCAAAUUUAUAAACUUUGAUCGACCUUCGUGCGCAGCGUUUGGAGUGGCCAGGAUAGAUGGGACAUGUUUGGAUAAUUGUGGAGGAUGGGCAGUGCACUGCUCAGGUAUCCAGUACUUCAAUACCCCAAAUAAAGCAGGAUUCAGGUGGGAGCACGAGGUACAGCUGGUGGACAUGGAUGGAACCCUCACAGGAAAGAAAAAUUACAAAGUCGUACCAACCAGCGGCCUCCUGGACCCAGCCCACUGCACUCAGAGCACAGAGUGGAGCGCUGCUUUUAACGGAUCUGUCUGUGACGACUCUGUGAAGUUCCAUCGUUUGGCCUUUAAUAACCCUUCUCCCACUUCACUGGCUGGACACAACGUGCUCAUGUCCAACAAACACGGCAGCAGCGUGGUCCCCUACAUGAAGAAGAGGAUGACUCAUAAACUGGGCUGGAUGGCCUUGUUACCUUCAAAGGACACCUUUCUAUGGAGCUUCAUUGAUGGAGAACAGAUCACAAACAUCUCCUAUGUCUCCACCUACUACGGAUUCAAACCUGACGAGUACAUAAUCAUGGGACAUAACUUCACCCAGAGCCCGGACAGGUUUCACAUUGUGGACGUCAGAAAUGGCUCCUCGGCGCCUCUCUCCUUCAGUCAAAAUGAAAACGGAGAUUGGUACUUUGAUGAGAGUAACAACAUACUCUACUACAUGGUGUCUGGUAAAUCGAGUAACCCAGCGCCCAUAGCCAGCGCAGACAGGUCUCUCGCUGAUGUCGACGUCACGCUGAAGGUUUACAGAUGUUUUUACCCCAAAUGUGUAAAGCCCACUGGCCCCCCUCCUGCCACUCUGCCCCCCCUGCCCGACAAGAGGCCCGCCAACUUCAUCCGGUGGUCUGACUCGUCUUUCUGGACCAAGUCUCCUGAGAAUAACAACACUGUACCAGCAGAGGGCACUGACGCGGUCAUCCCAGCAGGUCAGUGGGUGGUUUUGGACGCCAGCACACCACCUCUCAACAAACUCACAGUGAUCGGAGUUCUGGAAAUUCCUGAUGACUUGGACACAACGAGCAGCAGAAGGAGGCGGUCGACGGGCAGCCCUGUGGUCAUCAACGCCAUUCACCUCAUGAUACAGGGAGGUCGGUUGAUCGCUGGUUCUCCUGAGUCUCCGUUUAAAGGAGAGCUGCACAUCAAACUGAGAGGAAACCACCACACUCCAGACUGGCCCCUCCCCAACGGACCCAACCUCGGCUCCAAAGCUCUCGGCGUGUUUGGAAUUCUGGAGCUCUACGGAAAACCACCAAAUGUUUACCACACCAAACUGUCAGCCUCCUCUGCAGCUGGAACCAACACUCUGACCCUGGCCAAGGCUGUGGACUGGCAGGUUGGGGAUGAAGUGGCCGUCUCCACCAGCAGCUACGACGUGUGGGAGACCGAGAAACACGUCAUCUCUGCAGUGUCUCAGGACGGGCUGGUUCUGACUCUGGAAAAGCCCCUCGCUUACACUCACAUCGGUGAAACCCACUCAGUCCCUGGUACAGGUUACAGCUACACUCUGGCUGCUGACGUGGCUCUUCUGUCUAGAAAUAUUAAAAUCAUUGGUGAAGAAUACGCAAACAUCAAUAAAGAAUCGUUUGGGGCCAGAGUAUUGGUGGGCAGCUUCUCCUUUGGGGGAAUAGACUACAAAGGCAAAGCUCAGAUCAGAAAUGUGGAGUUUGAGCGCACUGGUCAGGAGGGCUGGACCGAUGACUACGACCCUCGAUACUCUGUGGCCUUCCUCAGUUUGGAAAAGGUGGAGGACACGUACCUUCAGGGCUGCUCUUUCCAUGACGGUUUCUCUCCGGCCAUCGGUGUCUUUAACACUGAGGGACUUUUCAUUGACGACAACGUGAUCCACCACACCAUCGGAGAAGGUAUCAGAAUUUGGGGGCACAACAUCACAGCGAGGAGAAACCUGGUGAUGAUGUCCCUCUGGCCUGGAUCGUACCAGGACCGAGAGGAGACCUAUAACUUUGAGUGGAACGCCGCCAUAGAGGUGAACAAGGGAACAGCUGUGGUCCUGCAGAAUAACAUUGUUGCAGGUUUUGAGAGAGUUGCAUAUCGCAUCAAGGGUGAACCAUGUCCAGGAACUCCUAAUGAUAGUGAGAUGUGGCGUCAGAAUGAGGCCCAUGGUGGUCUGUACGGAGUCUAUUUGAACAAAGAUGGCCUCCCACAAUGUUCACUCAUCAGGGACUUUUUUAUAUGGAAAAGUUACGACUACGCCAUCUACUUCCAGGUGACUCAGAGCAUGUCCAUCGCAAAUGUAACUCUUGUGGACAACGGCUUGGGCCUGAUGCCUCUGAUCUAUGAACCGCCCUCUCUCGCUCACUUAUUUGCAGAUAAAAAAGUUACAGUUGAGUCUUCCCUGAUCGUUGGGAGCAGCCCCAAUUUGAACUGUUCUGAGACAGUGCCCAGUGCAGACUACAACAUAAUAAACUCUGCGAACAGCCGUGUUGGGAGACCACCCACAGGUGGGAGGUCCGGUUUGUGCUGGCCCAGUUUUAACUCUGGACACAACACAGCUCCAGCCAAGCCCCACCCACUCAACAUGAACUACAACGCCAUCAAAGGGUUAAUGACUGUCACUGACACCACCUUUGUCGGGUUUAAACCAGUUUGUUCUGGAGAACAGAAUUAUAUGUUUAUCACAAACGUCAUGAAUGAGGAUCUUCAGCACCCGGUCCAAGUGUCCGGGAUCAGGACCAUAGACAGCUCCAAGGACAACAGAGUCUUCAUCCACAGAGCCAGCCUCGGUAAAGUGAACCCCUCAGACUGUGUGGACAUGGAGUGUGACGCUAAAAAGAAGACUCUUCUGAGGGACCUGGACGGCUCUUUUCUGGGGGUGGUGGGGACAGUGAUCCCUCACUCUGAGUACGCAUGGGACGGAGAUGCCAGGAGAGGUCUGGGAGACUACAGGAUCCCCAAGAUGAUGCUCACCCACCCCAACGGCAGCCGCAUCCCUGUGGAGCAGAUCGCACCCAACAAAGGUGUGAUCAGAGACCAGUGCACGUACAUGGCCUCGUGGCAGAGUUAUAACUGCACUUCACUGAACUACAGACUCAUGGUCAUUGAGAGUAUGGACGCAGACACAGAGACCAGACGCUUGUCCCCAGUCGCUCUGCUCGGAAAUGGAUACGUGGACCUUAUCAACGGCCCACAGGACCACGGCUGGUGCGCGGGUUACACCUGUCAGAAGAGACUGUCCCUGUUUCACGCCAUCGUCGCCACAGACCAUGCCUUUGACGUUUUCUUCAGCAGCGUCACUCCACAGAAACUCCGCCUCAUGCUGCUCAACGCUGCCCCCUCUGAUAGUGUUUUGGUGUCCGUGUUCUACUCCAAGCCUCAGCGUCUGGAUGUUUACGUGAACAACAAACUGAUCGCUCCGACCAAUGCAGACUGGAACGACGACAAGACAGACUUUGAUCUGAAAAAGCCCAUGACACCAGGUCAAUACGUCCCUAAAAUGAAUGAAUCGCUUGGAACCAACUUCUUUGACCAGAACAACAAAAUGCUCAAAGUUCUUCUGCGAGGCUCCCAACCCGUGGAGAUCAGAACAUCUCCUGUGCUGGUUCUCUCGUUCGAACUCCCCGCCAUGACGGAGGCAGAGUUCUUUGGAGACAACCUGGUGAAUAAUCUAGCCAAGUUCCUCAAAGUGCCCGCUAAUAUGAUCCGGGUCACAAAGAUAGUCCGAGCAGAUGGAGGCCUGAGGAGGAGGAAGAGAUCGUCUGGACUGACAGUGGAGGUAGAGAUCAAGAAGCCCCCAGUGCAGGAGACAACCAACACCACCACCGAAGAAGAUGACUUUAAACUUCUCCAAGACAUUGCAGACGACCUGGGCCAGGCUGCUGUCUCUGGAAACCUGAGUCAAUCCAUUGGGUUUAAUGUGUCCUCAAUGGGCAUGGUCCCUCCUCCGCCCUCCGCUUCCGACCCAGACUGGAACGAGGUGGCAACAGUGGAGGAGACGAGGGAGGAGACCACAGUGAGUUACGUGUCCAGUGUGUCUGAGCUACUGCUGAUAGAGGAGCCCAUCGCUGGUGUAUAUGUGGGUCCUCUGUCCCAACAGCCCAGUCUGAAGGCUGUGGAUGAGAAAGGCGACUGUGUCUCUGUGGGAGUGACGACGCUCACAGUCACCGCCAGCUUAAAGGACGCAGGCGGAAACGCAGUGGACGGUCUCCAAGGAAACACCACCAUCAAGUUCAAGACCUGCUGGGCCAACUUCACCGACCUCGGCCUCUCCAACAGCGGAGAGAACCUGACAAUGGUGUUUACUCUGAAGGACUGGGGCGCUGAGUCUCAGACUUUCUCUGUGAGAGCUAUGCCCACCGUCGCCCCCUCCACCACCAGCGGCAACAGCACCACCAACAGCACAACCCCCGCUACUGCAGGAGGAGGUACCUCAGUGUCCACCACAGACGGGAGUAUUUUCAGCUCCAGCACAACCCCGGGGCCCACCGCUCUGUGCGCUGUCAGUGUCAUCUACGCUGUGGCCUACUGCUCUGAAACGGUCACUCUCUAUGGAAACUAAAACUACAAACACAUGGUGAAAAAAUACCACAAAAACUACAAAUACCAUGACAGCUUUCAGUGAAGGAAGAAAGCAAACGUUACAUAUAUCUCAAAGAAGGGUUGGGGAAAAUAUUUGACUUGUAGUACCUCACUAUUUUUAUGUAGUUUUCUGAAGGAACUAUAUAUUUUCUAAACUUGUAGGGUGAUGUGAAGGAUUUUGUUCUCUAUAUUGUGUUCUUACAAAAUGCCAAAGUCAAUUUAUAGAUAGACAAAAAGAUAGAAAUGUGUCUAUAACUAGUCCAUCCAGGAAAGUGCAAUAUAAACUAUUUGUUAACUGUGAACAUAAUGUGAAGAUUUUGUCACCUGACCAGCCAGAACCAUACGCUUUGACAAAACUUUACAAAAACGAGUGGAUUCUGUCCCCUUGAUUUCAGAGAGUUUGACUGACAGUUGGAUUAACCAAUCAGAGAGGUGCAUGCAUAUACCAUUUGCUUCAAAAACAAACUUGGCGGUUUACAUGUAAAAAAAAAAAAAAAGUGGAAAAAAAAAGCAACAUAAACGAUUGAGAAACAAUCAAAGCAUUCAACUGUUAUUUAUCUCAGGUAAAGUUAUAGUCAUAAAUUUUGUUCUGAAUAUUAUGUAUGAAUAUUAUAUUAUGUUUUCUGCAUUUGAAACACGUGAUACAAAUUAGGAGCUGUGGUUGGAUCCUCUCAUUUUUUAAGAUUUUUCACCCUCUAUGAUCCAACUCCAAUCUCUUCUGGAUUCAAACAGAAUGUAGAAGGAACUGGCUGG